AUGAGACAAGCGAAGUGCAUGCCACGAGUAACGAUGGUGAACCUGGACCAGGAACCUGGGUACAUGUAUUUUCCUAGUAUGGUGACGGUGAAGAGGUGUGAAGGUUUUUGCGGCAAUAAUUUGUCCUGUAUGCCGAUUGAUACUCACCGCAAAGCGAUCCUCGUUAAAAAGAGCGGCAUUUUUAAGGUCAACGAUAUGACGUGCCAUAAAGUUCUUGUCGAGGAGCACACAAAAUGCAGAUGCCGAUGCAACGUGAUGAAGCAUCACUGCAACAGGUAUCAGGAGUACAGCGAGGAAACUUGCUCGUGCAUGUGCAUGAAUUUCAGUGAGCAGGCCGAGUGCAAACGUUUAAAGAACAUGGUCUGGAACUCCGAAAAGUGCAAAUGCACCUGCUCGACACCGGAAGAGGAGUGCUCCACCGGUUUGGAGUGGCUUCCAUCAAGAUGCAUGUGUGUCAGAGUGAUGAUGAUGGGUAGCGGUGAUUAA